CUGAUAUAGUGAAGGUUGAGAUAACAGAAGAUUUGUGUGUGAGGCAUCAGCUGGGAGCCCCAGAUGAGGAAUCCAGUGACAGCAUCAGCCCAGGUGAUGUUAAGACUGAAGUCACACUUAAUGCUGAACAAACAAAUGAUCUGUGUGUAAAGAGUCAGCUGGAUGCUGUGAAGCAGGAAAUCAGUGACAAUAUCAGUACAGGUAGCUUCACAAACUACAAAAAUCCUAGUUACAGUCAGAAUGCAGAUGCAUCUUUCAACCUUCUUCAGGAUAAAAAAAAGCCAUGUAGAAAAUGUAUGUUCUGAAUGUGGAAAAUGUUUUACUAAGAAAUCAUCUCUCAUUGGUCAUCAGAAAAUGCAUACAGGAGAGAAAGCAUUUUCAUGUUCUCAUUGUGGGAAAUGUUUUACUCUGAAAUCAAAUCUUAUUCAUCAUCAGAAAAUUCAUACAGGUGAGAAACCAUUUUCAUGUUAUGAAUGUGGGAAAUGUUUUACCUGGAAAUCAUCUCUUAAAUAUCAUCUUAUAAAUCAUACAGGAGAGAGAGGAUUUUCAUGUUCUGAAUGUGGGAAAUGUUUUGCCCGAAAAUCAAUCCUUAUUACUCAUGAGAAAAUUCAUACAGGAAGACAAUUAUUUUCAUGUUCUGAAUGUGGGAAAUGUUUUAUCCAUAAAUCAAAUCUUAAUAUUCAUCAGAAAAUUCAUGCAGGAUAUAAAUCAUUUUCAUGUUCUGAAUGUGGGAAAAGUUUUACUCUGAAAUCAACUCUGAUUACUCAUCAGAAAAUUCACACAGGUGAAAAAAUAUUUUUAUGUUCUGAAUGUGGAAAAUCAUUUACCAAUAAAUCAUAUCUUAUUGACCAUCAAAAAUGUCAUACAGGAGUGAAAGCAUUUUCAUGUUCUCACUGUGGGAAAGGUUUUACCCGGAAAACAACGCUUAAUAAUCAUCAGAAAAUUCAUACUGCUGAAAAAGCAUUUUCAUGUUCUCACUGUGGGAAAUGUUUUACUCUAAAAUCAAAUCUUAAUACUCAUCAGAAAAUUCAUACAUGUGAGAAACCAUUUUCAUGUUCUGAAUGUGGGAAAUGUUUUAUAUUAAAAUCGUCUCUUAAAUAUCAUCAUCAAAUUCAUACAGGAGAGAGAGGAUUUUCAUGUUCUGAAUGUGGGAAAUGUUUUACUCUAAAAUCAUCCCUUAUUACUCAUUGGAAAAUUCAUACAGGAGAGAAAGCAUUUUCAUGUUCUAAAUGUGGGAAAUGUUUUACUCUGAAAUCAUCCCUUAUUACUCAUCAGAAAAUUCAUACAGGAGAGAAAGUAUUUUCAUGUUCUGAAUGUGGGAAAUGUUUUAUUCAGAAAUCACAUCUUAUUACGCAUCAGAAAAUCCAUAUUAGAAGAAAUCCGAGUUAAACCUAGUAAGUACAUAGGGUGACUCAUAGUCCUUUUCUGCACAAUACCUAGAGUGCUGAUGAUGAUUAUACGUCUUUCUCUGGGUUCAUGCUUUUGGAGCUGUUUAAGGACCCCUCUGUACCUGAAGCUUGUUUACAAGAUAGCCUAGUGUGUUUAUUAUCACUAGAGGGGGAUCAGGGAUUUCAAUAUAGGUUAGAAUAGCCAAGUUAUCACCUUGUGUAAAUAAAAUGUGCAUUUAUUUUAGCAUAUGUUUAUAGAUGGGAGCUCCUAUGUGCAGAUAAAAGUUAUAUAAAUAUACCCAAAGACUUUUGAAGUUGAUAAACCCUUGUUUUUGAGGGCAUUAUAGUCAGGUGAUAAUUAAAAUAGAAUUUAAAGAGA